AUGGUAACCCAGGAACAAAUACGCAAAAUAGGAUCAGUUCUAAACAAUAAGGAACGUCCACUAAAGGAAAGAUUUCGUGCUUUGUUCACGUUAAAAAAUCUCGGCGGAGAAUUGGCCAUCGAGGAGAUAAGCCGUGGUUUUGCUGAUGAUUCAGCCUUGCUCAAACAUGAAUUGGCCUAUUGUUUGGGACAAAUGCAAGACAGCAAAGCUUUGGGUAUUCUAACAAAAGUCUUGGAAGACACAAGCCAAGAACCAAUGGUACGCCAUGAGGCAGCCGAAGCAAUGGGUGCCAUUGGAGAUGCUGAAAUUAUACCCAUUUUGGAGAAGUAUAAAAACGAUCCCGUGGUGGAGGUAGCCGAAACUUGUUCCAUUGCCUUGGAUCGUGUGAAAUGGUUACAAAGUGGACAAAAAGUGGAUGAUAACAAUCCCUAUGCCUCGGUAGAUCCCUCACCCCCGGCUGAGAAAAAUAAAACUGUCGAUGAACUCAAGGCAAUCUAUUUGGAUCCCAAACAAAGUCUUUUCGACCGUUAUCGUGCCAUGUUCAGUUUGCGCAAUAUGCGAACGGAAGAAUCGGUUUUGGCCAUAACCGAGGGCCUGAAAGAUGCCUCGGCUCUAUUCCGUCAUGAAGUGGCAUUUGUUUUGGGUCAAUUACAAGAACCCUGUAGCAUACCCUAUCUCAAAGAGAAUUUAGAAGAUCGCCUGGAAAAUGAAAUGGUACGACAUGAAUGCGCCGAAGCACUGGGUGCAAUUGCCACCGAGGAGUGUAUAGAUAUUUUAAGCCGUUAUGCGGCAGAUGAAAAACGUGUUGUCAAAGAGUCCUGUGUCAUUGCCCUGGACAUGUGUGAAUAUGAAAAUAGUCCCGAAUUUCAAUAUGCCGAUGGCUUGUUAAAUAUUAAAGAAGAAUAA